AUGGCCGGCGGAGGGGCCAACCCAGCAAGUGCGCGUGGCGCCCAUCCCUUCGCCCACCCGCACGUCCGACCCUUCUACCGAUUCGCGGCCACGGGCCUCGGAGCAGCAAUGUGGUUCUUUCUGUUCUACCGAGCGAGACACGACAUGCCGGUUCUGCUUGGCUGGAGACAUCCAUGGGAGCAUUAG